AGUGCUCCGGCUGAUCACUAAUCCCACAACCUACGUCGAACUGCCGGGAUUCUCCACUUCUUCACGGACAGAUAUCAACGAGGUUACAAGUUCAUUCCUGAAAUGACGCCGUCUAACAGUGUUCAAGAGUUGAACUUACAGUUCUGUCCUUGAUGGCGUCCACUAGUACCCGCCCAGUCGCCCUCGUGGUGGGCGCGUCCCGGGGCAUAGGCCGGCAGGUAGCCAUCGACUUGGCCAGGAAUGGCUAUGCCGUGGUCGUCGCCGCCAAGUCGACCACCCCUCCAGCCGAGCUCGAGAAGCUCACCCCUUUCCCGCCUGACCCCAACUCUCCGAAAUCCACCAUCACCACCGUCGCUCGCGAAAUCACCCUCGCAGGCGGCGUGGCCACCGCUAUCCCCGUCGACACGACCAGCUACGAAAGCUUCCAGCAGCUGGUUUCCAAGACCAUCGAAGCAAGCACCCCUUCCUCUUACUUUCUCACUUAACCCUUUCCCCGCUUAGCCCUAACCCCAACAAACUGACAAUCCUCCCUCGGCCGUGGCAGACCUUCCACCGCCUCGAUGUGCUCAUCUACAACUCCGGCGCCAUCUGGUGGGCACCCGUGUCGCGGACGCCCAUGAAGCGCUUCCAGCUGAUGCAGCGCGUCAACGUCGAGGGCCUGUACGGCGCCGUGCAGGCCGCGCUGCCGCACCUGAAGCGGGAGGGCGCCGGCCGCAUCGUGGUCGUGUGUCCGCCGAUCUACAGCCGGUUCUUCCGCGGCAAGACGGCGUAUGCGAUGGGCAAGGUCGGCAUGAGCGUGUUGGUGAAGGGGUUGGCGAUGGAUUUUGAGCGGGAGGGGCUCAACGGGAUGGCUGUGGUGGGGAUCUGGCCGGCUGCGGCCAUCGAGUCAGCUGCGACGGAGCGGUUCACCCGCAAGGACCCGUCCCACGCCAAGGACUUGCGCAAGCCCACCAUCUUCUCGGACGCCAUCCUCGCCAUGCUCCGCACGCCAGCGCCGGUGAUCAACGGCCAGCUGGAGUUGGAUGAGGACUUCCUCAGGAAGCAAGCGGGCGUCACUGACUUCUCCAAGUACGCCGUCGUCCCUGGGUCGUCUCCCCGGAGGAUCAUGCCAGCUGAGCUCCCGGACUUGACGGUCAAGGAGCAGGAUGACGAGGGGAUGAGGAUUGAUAGCUCAAAGCUUUGACUUGACAUGAUGUAGAAUUUCUGGGCUUAGUUGUGCGCUUUUGCUGUUGCAAAAUCUUGUCUAGUUCGGUGUCUCGGCGAGCGGUGCCGGUGGAGUGAAGCCACAUAGCGAAGAGCUUGC